UGAGAGUUCAAUAUAGGGAUGCGUCGCGGGUUCGUUUCGGAUCCGAGCGAUCAACUCCGGCUGAAACGACUUGACUUUCGACUCUUGUCUUUCGCAACUCACCCCGAUGACUGCAAUCCCCAGCUCGACGCCGCCGGCUCGAGUGAUUCCAGCGAUUCUCAAACACGCCACCGGCAAGUCCGGCAUUGCUUUGCUGGCCUGCGCCUUGAGAGCCAUCUCACGACAGGCCCUCGACGGGGUCCAAGCGCCUUUAGAGGGCCUUCAGACAGUCCUCCAGAUCUCUACAUCGACGCCCGAGGCGUUAACCUCGGAGAUCCUGUUGAGCAGUAUCAUUGCAUACCCACUGCAUCGAAAGGCGAUAAAUGAGUUGGUAGGGCGUGUCCUUACGCCAAAUAUCCUGGAGGAAUUUCGAGGGGAGAUUCUGCCAUCCCUGGUCACUCGACUUCAGCUGUGCCACGGGCAGGACCUCUGCAAGGUCAUACGGAUCAUCCUCCUCAUCAUUCGGUCACACGAUGAUCUGCUAGGUCUGGCACUGGAGGAAGCUACGUAUGUAAUUCCAGCACUCCGGACGGCCUAUCAAUCGCUUGAUGGACUAGAGGGGCAGAGUGACACGCUCAUCCUCUGCCACGAGCUGGUCUCUGCGGUCCAAGGAGAGAGCAAAGACGCCCUGAAGAGGCUCAUGGGUGGAGGUCAUAGCAAGCAGCUACUGCUCGGUCAAACGCUAAGAGAGGACUAUGAGGCGCUAUUUGAGCGAGCGGCGCCGCUCCCUGAUGGUCUGGUAUCGAGGCUAGACGCAAUGAGAGAUGCGCGAGCCGCAGAGGAUCCACGCGUCAAGGUAGUGAAGAACUUAUUUCCACACGUUCCUGCCAAUACGAUCCUCGCGGCGCUGCAUCAUUCCUUCUUUGCGGUAUCGACCAUCGAUCCCGAGGCCAGUGCGGCGCCCUUGAUCGAUGCGAUGCUGUCUGGCUCGAGUGCCAUCCCGGAGGAUUUACUCGACCUAAGGACUGCUGUCGAGCAUGUGCAAAUGUCCACAGUCGACACUGCACCGCCCUCAACCCGGUCGGCGUAUGAAAGGCGGAAUAUAUGGGAUGAUCAAAAGAUGGAUAUGUCCCGGCUAAAACUGGCAGACGAUGGGGACAUUCCCGAGCUCGGCCAAACCAUUCCAGAUCACCUCCGCGACUCAAUCAUGCGGUUAGUUGAGUCGCAAGUGGAGGAGGAGGCAGAACGAGAGGCGGCUUUGAGGGAGGCUCACGGUGCUGCGAGUCGUGAAAUGAGUGAUGAUGAGGAAAGUCAAGUAAGCAGGAUGAAGAUUGCGGGCGAUGGCGAGGAAAGUGGAGAGGAAGAAGAAGGAGACAAGGUCGUGCCACGCAAAGAAUCGUCCGGGAAGACUUAUGAUGUCGAUCAACAGAGCAAGCUGGAGCUCGCGUACUUGGCCAAUCCGGCGGUAUUUGAUCGCGACUCUAACACCAGGCGAUCAGGGGCGAGAAAGAAGCUCAAGGAGUUGACAGGGAUGGACGAUGCGCAAUUGGAAGGAUGGCGAGUCAUGCUGGACCGAAAUCCUCACAAGGAGGCGAUCCUCAAUCGACAUACAUUCUCACCGACCAAAGACCACCUUGGAUCUGUGGAAACAAAGGCUAGACCGGAUGGUCCGUCGUACUCGAACCGUGGAAGAGGUGGUGGACAUCGAGGUGGUCGUGGAGGAGGCAGAGGGGAUGGGCACGGAGGUAGCGAGCAGGGUAAUUCCAAUGGAGGUACUCGGGGAAGCGGAGGUCGAGGACGAACAAACAAGUCGAGUCGUGGGCAUUCAAAUGCGGCCAGGACUCGAGGACACGACAAGAAGAUGUCGAGGAUGGGAGCGGGCCUGUAGAGCGCCCGCAGACAAAUCGCAUUAUAAGAAUCAUUUAAGGAUUCAAUGGGCAUACAUAUAGGCCUACCAUGAUACUUCGAUCUACUUUCUAAGCAGGAGCCACUUUUCCCAUCUCCAUGCCGAC